AUGUAUCACCUUGCCAAAGGAAUCUACCUCUACGCAACCAGCAAGCCAGAAUACUCCGUCAUCCUCCUCGGCCUCGACAAUGCCGGCAAGACGACCUUCCACGAGCAGGUCAAGUCCCUCUUCCUCCCCAGCAAGCCCGAGCCCAAGCUCCGCACCGUCCCCACCGUCGGCCAGAACGUCUCGACCAUCCCCCUCCAGGACAUGUACCUCAAGCUCUGGGACGUCGGCGGCCAGAUGACCCUCCGCAGCCUCUGGCAGAGCUACUACGCGAGCUGCCACGCCAUCGUCUUCAUCAUCGACAGCACCGACAUCGGCGACGGCGACGUGGAGAACGGCUGCGACGGCCGGCUGGACGAGUGCCGCCUCGUCCUUGAGGACGUCCUGCAGCACUCGGACACGGAAGGGGUGCCCCUGCUCAUCCUGGCCAACAAGCAGGACCGCGAGGACUGCGUCGAGACCAUCAGGAUCAAGGAGGGGCUGGUCAAGAAGGUCAUGGAGGGCGAGAAGGGCGCGAGCAUCCGCGACUCGAGGGUGCUGUCCAUGAGCGCGCUGACGGGCGACGGCGUGAGGGAGGCCGUGGACUGGAUACGGACGAGGGUGCAGUGGAAUAAGGAGUCUAGGCCGCCGGUGAUGCGGUAG